AAUAAAUAAACCCCUUUUCUGUAGAAACCAACCUGAUCUAAAUGUUCAAAUAUAAAUUCCCACCUUAUAUAUAUUUUACUGAUAUACUCAUUUCUAUAUAGCCUAUGACCAAAACCCACCAAAAUUCAGUAACCAUUGUACCAAAUUUAAUAGCUUUAAGCCUUGAAAACCAGCUGGUCUGGUUUUAGCUUUGAAGAAAUGGGGAUCACGGAAAGAUCAAAGAAGAGGGUCCACCUAUGGAAGAAAGCUGUGGUCCAUUUUGCUUUGUGUUUUGUCAUGGGGUUCUUCACAGGAUUUGCUCCAACGGGUAAGGCUUCGAUUUUCGCUAGACCUGCUGUGAUCUCCACAAAUAUAUCAGACCACCUUUCGCCGCGGCCAGUAGAAUCGCCUCAACAAGUAGCAGCAGACGUUAAUAGAAGUUUGAUGGCAGAGACACCAAUUGUGGCAAUGGCAGCUGCCCCUGCAAGGCCUAAAGAGCACACCGAAAACUCUAGAUUCAUAUCAGAGAAAGAAGAACAACAAGAAGAAGAGAAAGAACCCAAGUUGACACCAAGAAGGUUCCUAAUCAUUGUGACUCCAACAAGCACAAAAAACAAAUUUAAAAGUGUGCUUUUGAGAAGAUUGGCUAACACUAUAAGAUUGGUUCCCCAGCCAUUGUUGUGGAUUGUGGUGGAAGCAAAAACAGAAUCAAAUAGAGUGUCUGAAGCUCUCAGGAAAACAGGGAUUAUGUAUAGGCAUUUGGUUUUCAAGGAGAAUUUCACAGACACAGAGGCGGAAAUGGAUCAUCAGAGGAACAUUGCACUUAAGCACAUUGAGCAGCACAAACUUAGUGGGAUUGUUCACUUUGCUGGCCUUUCUAAUGUCUAUGAUCUUGGCUUCUUCGACCAGCUCAGAGAAAUUGAGGUUUUUGGGACAUGGCCCAUGGCACUACUUGCAGCAAACAGAGAGAAAGUGAUCAUUGAAGGGCCUGUGUGUGAUUCUUCACAAGUCAUAGGGUGGCAUUUGAAGAAAAUGAACAACCAAACAGAUCCAAGACCUCCCAUUCACAUUUCAAGUUUUGCAUUCAAUAGUUCAAUUCUUUGGGACCCUGAGAGAUGGGGUCGCACUUCAUCGCUUCAAAGCUCCUCUCAGAAUUCAAUCAAAUUUGUGAAAGAAGUGGUUCUUGAAGAUGAGACAAAACUGAAGGGAAUCCCACCAGAAGACUGUUCCAAGAUCAUGCUUUGGUCUCUUCGUUUUCAUGCUGCUGGAGGAGCCACAACCACCAAACACCAAAUCAAUCAAUGAAAAAGGCAAGUUUUAGUCGGUGGGAAAAUUACCAAAAGAAAAAAGAAAAGAAAAUACUCGACCAUUUUGUUUUUCUUUGUCGUGUAAUUGUUAUAAUUUUAUUCAUUCUCUUCUUUAGUUUUGUAAUAGGUUUUUACACCUCCAGUACUUUCUUGUUAUCAGAAAAUAUAGCUUAAAACCA